AUGUCCUCCAUUGGCCUUACUAAGGCCUUCGACUCGGUCGACAGGAAAGCUCUCUGGCUGACCCUCAGUCGUUUUGGCUGCCCGUCAAAAUUCAUUGUUAUUAUGCUGCUGGUUCUGCACAACUCAGAGGUAGCUGAGAGACAACUAGGAGAUCAAAAAAGCAGAGAUGCAGGUCUGCUGCAUGUGUCAUGGUGCGUGACAGUGGUGGUGGUGAGCGACGACCCAGCCUUCCUCGCCGCCUUCGCCGAGUGGUCCCUCAAGGGCCGCCUCCUGGUGUGGUCGACGAGGCUCCUCGCAGUCACUCGCCUGACUCUCCCGGAACUUCGUCUCUUGAAAAAUUCUUUGUCCAUGAUGAACGCCAUGAUGGUGAUUGUAGACGACAAAACAAAUUCCAAGAGAUGUACCUUGUAUAUACAUCUGCCGUAUAUCUCUCGAGGUACCCAGACAAUGAAGGUUGCCUCCUGGACUCCACAUCAAGGCCUCACUCUCACCACCCAACUCCCUUUCUUCCCUGAGAAGUUCUUCAUAUUCAUCCAGCGACCGACGUUGGUGGUGACAAUGCAGGAGUCGAUACUCAACAGAGCUAUGAUGAAGGCGGACCCUGAGGCCCCCGGAGGCCAGCGACUCUGGUUCACAGGACACAUGCCUAACCUCCUGCAAACGAUCGCUGAGAGCAUCAACUUCUCGUACACGUACUUGCGUCCCCCAGAUGGUACAUGGGGAACUAGAUUACCAAACGGGUCCUGGUCAGGUAUGGUGGGCGUGGUGACCCGGAAGGAGGCAGACAUCGGUCUCGGCCCAUUUAUUAUGAGUGCCAGUCGGGCUGAGGUGGUGGACUUCACUUGGCCAUUUACUGUAUCGUCUUCACGGGUAAUGGCUCCACGAGGGCGAGCCGAGGUAGACCCGUGGGGUUUCUUGCUGCCUCUUGCUCCACUGGUGUGGACGGCCAUCUUGACAGUGUUGCUCGUGUUGUCUGUGGUGAUAUCACUUAUGGCUUCAUGUCUACCCCGAAAAUUUAGUAAUCGAAGCGAUUGGGCAGUGGAUGCAUACAAUCUGAUACGCGUGUUACUGCAACAAGACGUCUCUGAGUCCUCCGACUAUUGGUGGUGGGAGCGGCUGGUGUUGGCGGUGUGGAUGUUGAUGAUGCUGGUGUUAACACGGAGCUACGCCGGCAACCUCAUGUCCCUCCUGGCCGUGAGACACAUCUCAGAGCCCUACAAAACGCUCCAAGAGGUGCUGGAUGACCCGUCUGUGACCAUGAUAUGGCAAGAUAAUUCAGCAAGCGUGCAGUAUUUUCGUACCACGGAAUACGGCAUCUUCCGUAAGGUGGGCGAAGCGGAGAUUGCAGGGAGGGUCAGGUUCCUCACAUUGAUGGAGUACGGUCCUGGCGUGGCGCCCUUGGUGAAGCAGGGCGACCACGUUCUUAUAGAGGAAGAGUCCAUAGUGAAAAUUUUGAUGGCGCAAGACUUCUCUAGUACAGGUCGCUGCGACUUCCACACCUCCAGGGAGCAGUACCUCACUUUACUGAUGUGUAUGAUAACGCAGAAAGACAGCCCCCUCAUCAGUGCCAUUAAAUAUAGAAUAAUGCGAGUAAUGGAGGCUGGGUUGUUUGAUCAGUGGCUGAAGGAGAUCAUCCCUAACUCCACAUCUUGUCUCCACCCACCGACCAAGAUCACAGUCAACACCUCACUCUUCAUCACCAACAUUUGGGGUAUGUUUGUGGCCCUGGUUACCGGCCAGGCUCUUGGGCUGCUGGUGUUUGGACUCGAGGUCUUCUCUUCCCAUUUUCUCCACUAACGAUGCUCCCAACAAUAUGUUCGCCGGGAUGUUUGUCCUUUGUCUCACUAAACAAUACAUCUAGGAUGAGAAUAUACUAGAGAACCUUAAAGUUCAGUUUCGUAAAUUUGCAUACUGUAAACUCUUAAGAUGCCUUUUCUAAUUAAAAGAAAAGACAGCAUUUUGUUAGAUUUCAUCUUUGAAUGUUAGCUAAAUUACUUUAGCAGAAAACAAAUUUACAGUUUUGGGAAUCUACAAAAGUUGGAUACCUUCAGCUAAGAACGGACCAAUACAGUGAUUUUAGUAUCUAAUUGCUUUAUGAAAAAAAAUACUUUGCCCCAUAGAGUCAACGAGAUAUCUCAGCAUCUACUUUCCAAAUUCUCACAAGGAAAACCUCUUAUAUACACACAAUCACCGCCUUAUGUCUAAAAGACAAAAUUCAUUAUUUUUUCUUCAUUACUAGUACUUGCUCCUAACUUACGAACACAUAGCAGGAACGGACCCAGGAAGGUUUCUGCCUCACCCAAGAAACUUUCAUUCCUAAAGCACAGGUGUAGUUUUUUCCACUCAGAAAAGUUAUAAUAUUAUAUAUCAAUUACUACUUUCUCCUAAACAAUGGAGUUCUAGUGGUGAUGGACCCCCUUUUGUUUUACACUUAUAAACAUGUCCAGAUUCUUCCCCACUUUACCAAAUUACCUUCUUUAUAAACUCUUGUACGUACUGUAACGUAAUAAAAAUAUCCAUAGCGUC